UUGCGCAGGUCUCGCCGACAACUUGCCUUCUCUUCGGCCGUCUCUCUUCCUCUCCCCGAGAAAGCGGCUCGUGUCGGUGUGGCUAUUGGUCGUUCGAUCUGCUCCCAAUCCCUCAUGUCGUGGCGCUGCUUCAAACCCUUGGCGUCCAUGGUGGUGUCCUCUGGGAUCGAGUGGUGGUGCAGAGGGCCUGUAGCUGCUGUUCCUGUCCGCCGCGGGUGGUGGUCAGGUCUGAGGCUAGCGACUGGGUGUUCCUCUGGAUCCGAGUCGUCUCUGGUGCUGAAACGGACGGGUCUGACGGCGGUGGUUGCGGUCUCCUUUGGUGGUUUCGGUAAUCGUGGUCGGUUUGGUGUCGAGCUGUUUCGGUCUGCAGGUUCUCGGUGCGGUUCAGGGGUGGCUCCUUUGGGCGGUUUUCGGUGCGGUUCAUGGGUGGCUCCUUUGGGCAGGGUCGUUGUUUGGCUUGCCCAGCUCUAG